UAGUCUAAAAAAGCAUUCACAACUUACAAGCAUGGCAAAUUAUUUAUUCCUCUUCACUCUAUAUUUACUUCCCUUUAUUACCUUUUCAUCAACUUUUACCUCCCAAAAUCUCAUCGAUUUACCUAGUGCUACUAAUAAAUUAGUACUCGACACCAACGGUAACGCACUCGAUCCUGGUGCAAGUUACCACAUCGUUUCGAUUGGUCGUGGUGCCGCGGGUGGUGACGUGUACCUAGGUCCCUCCCCGAAUUCAUCCGCACCGUGCCCUAACGGUGUGUUCCGUUACAACUCCGAUGUAGGACGACCCAUCGGUACGCCCGUUCGAUUCAUUACUAAAUCGGAUCAUAGUAUUUUCGAAAAUCAAGACGUAAACAUUCAAUUCGAUAUUGCAACGUCUAGACUAUGUGUUAUUUACGCAAAUUGGAAAAUCGGAGACUACGAUGUAUCGCUCGGAGCGCGAUUAUUGGAGACGGGAGGAACUUUAGGAGAGGGAGAUAGUAGUUGGUUUAAAAUAGUGAAAGCAUCAGAAUCAAGUUACCAUUUGUUGUAUUGUCCUGGUCCUUUUGUUUGUCCAUCUUGCCCUGUCGAUGAGUGUCGAGCAGUAGGUUGGGUUAGGCAAGAUGGGAAGAGACGUUUGUGUCUAGUGAAAGAUCAGCCUUUUGGUGUUAAUUUUAAGAAAGUCUAGUUAAUUAACAAUCCUAACUAGACUAUGUAUAAUGUAUUACUAGUAUGUUUUAACAUAUUGUAUUGCAAAAUAAAUAAACAUGUGAUGGCUACUACAUGAAACUUUGCUAAAAGUAUA